GAACUACGUGAGAGAGGUGUCCAUAUUCCUCUCAUGAUCCAGGCAGAUAUAUCUGCGUAUCAUGUUCCCGUUGAGACUCCUCAACUGAGUUUCCCGCAACCGUCGGUAUUAGCUUUUGACACAGCUUGUCUCCAACAUUUCAAUCCUGAACUCACAGUUGGGUCCCCCACUGUCUGCUGUGGCAAUCAUCUAGCGCAAAAGCCCUUCCGUGAACAAAGAUUCCCCGCAGCUCAAGUCUCCGAACGUGCAGGAUCAAUGGUUGACCCCAUAUACCACAACAGCGGGGACCUCAGUGACAGACCGGGAUACGAAUUGAACCAGGUCCGCUCGAUCUGUAAGGUCCAGGUACGUUUCUUUCCGUUCCGC